CCGGGGCAUCCGCGGCUGCAGCGGAGAUCCGGAGGGGAGCAGCGAGCUGGGGUCCAGUCCGGGGCCCGCCGCCUGUCACAGCCCGGCCGCGGGGAGCAGCAUGAAGUGUCUGGUUACGGGCAGCAACGUGAAGGUGCUCGGCAAGGCCGUCCACUCCCUGUCCCGUAUCGGGGACGAACUCUACUUGGAGCCCCUGGAAGACGGGCUCUCCCUCCGGACCGUGAACUCCUCCCGCUCGGCCUAUGCCUGCUUCCUCUUUGCCCCGCUCUUCUUCCAGCAGUACCAGGCGGCCACCCCUGGUCAGGACCCGCUGCGCUGUAAGAUCCUGAUGAAGUCAUUCCUCUCAGUCUUCCGCUCGCUGGCGAUGCUGGAGAAGACCGUGGAGAAAUGCUGCAUCUUCCUGAAUGGCAGGAGCAGCCGCCUGGUAGUUCAGCUGUACUGCAAAUACGGGGUGAAGAAGACUCACAACCUGUCCUUCCAGGACUGCGAGUCCCUGCAGGCUGUCUUCGACCCAGCCGUGUGCCCCCAUGUGCUCUGUGCCCCAGCAAGGGUCCUGGGGGAGGCUGUCCUGCCCUUCCCGCCUGCGCUGGCCGAAGUGACGCUGGGGAUUGGCCGUGGCCACAGGGUCAUCCUGCGUAGUUACCAGGAGGAGGCAGACAGUGCCGCCAAAGCCAUGGUGACCGAGAUGAGCAUCGGGGGUGAGGAUUUCCAGCAGCUGCAGGCCCAGGAAGGGGUGGCCAUCACUUUCUGCCUCAAGGAAUUCCGGGUGAGGUUGCCCCACGCGCGCUCACUGCCCGGGCCACCCGCUUCUCCUUGCCGGCGGGCCGGGGGCCUCAGCGCUCUGCCUCUCCCUUCCCAGGGGCUCCUGAGCUUCGCUGAGUCAGCGAACUUGUCUCUCAGCAUUUACUUUGAUGGCCCGGGCAGGCCAGCCAUCUUUGCCAUCAAGGACUCUCUGCUAGACGGCCACUUUGUCCUGGCCACGCUCUCAGAGCCGGACCUGUGCGCCCCGGAGCUCCAGCGGCCAGUGCCUCAGCUUCAGGCUCACAGCACACCCCACCUGGACGACUUUGCCCUUGAUGACAUUGACUCUUACAUGAUCGCCAUGGAAACCACCGUGGGCAGCGAGGGCUCGCGAACACUGCCCUCCACCUCCCCUUCACCUGGCCUCCAGCCCCACCGUAGCCCUGGCUCCCACUCAGAGGAGGAAGAUGACACCGAGCCCAGCACAGUGCCUGGGACUCCCCCACCCAAGAAGUUCCGCUCGCUGUUCUUUGGCUCCGUCCUGGCCCCUGCACACUCUCCCCAGGGCCCCAGCCCCGUGCUGGCUGAGGACAGCGAGGGGGAGGGCUGAGCCGAGAAGUCCUUGGAGGACCGGACCUCCCCACGCAUCCCCACCUCCCAGCGCCAACCAGGGGCGGGGCCAGUUCUCCAGGGUGGGUGGUAGAGGUGGGCUGUGCUGGAGCUCAGCUGGCUGGUCCUGCCGCCUCCCCCAGGCCCCAGGCCCUGCUCGGCUAUCUGUGACUGGCCUGGGUACUGUCGUCUCCCUUCAGCCCCUAGUCGAUCAUGCCUGUUCCCAGUCUUGGUGCUGAGCUGCCACCUGCUGGGAGGUCCCUCUCCUCUUAAUCCAACCACGUGGCCAGGGUUGGGGGCCUGCCUUCUCUAAGCCCACCUCCCUAAGAGAAAAAUCAAGGUGGGGCUGCUGGCCUCUGCUGAUCUACCUUCUCUGCCAAUCAGGACCUGUCCCUCCCUCAGAUCCUGGGUACACCACGGGGAUCCCCUGUGGCCGGCACACACUGUUUUGCUUGCUUUUCUAAAACUCUGGCCCUGGCUUGGAAAUUCCAAGGGCCCCUGUGACCUG